AUGGCGCGAGGCGUACGUGGAAUCUGUAUAAUAGCACUGUGGACUCUUGCCUUCCACCUGGGCGCCAUUUGGCCUCCGGUGGCAUCCCUGCCGGAGAGGCACUAUGUGAACAUCGGCGCUGAGCACCCGAGCGCCGCAAUCACGGUCGAUGGCCUAGGAGAGCCGGGGGACUACCAUGGCGCGGAGAGGCCCAGGCCUCCCGGGAAGAUGAUGCUCCAGAACCAGACCAAGAUGCGAAACAACCUCGAGAGGGAGAACCUCACCGGCAUGAAAGUGAUCGAGGGGUUCUGCAUCGACGGGAUGCACUGCUGGCCGAUGAAGGUGUUCGCCGUCACCAUGUUGGUGUUGCACUUAAUAUGCUGCUUUGCAGCGCUCUACGUGUCUGCCAACCUUUACUCCAGCGGCCUGUCAAGCUCCACGUUCUACAGGAACGGCGGCGCCAUGAUGAUCAUCAUGGCAGCAGCCGGUGCGUGCUUGGGCGUCGCGCUGUCGCUGUUCCUCGGCUUCUGCAUGAUGAACACUUUGGCGUUCGCCGGGCCGAUGAUGUCGCUGUUCGUUGCUGCGGUGCUGAUGGGGAAACGCGGCGUCCUGCUCGGCUCGUUCGGCGGGAUGUGCGCGGGUCUGCCAAUCGGGAGCAUGAUGCAGAGCCACGAAGUUGGAAUCUCACUCGGCGCCAUCAUCGGCAUUCUGGUCGGCGGCAUUGUGGGCAUAUGCCCCUUCUUCCGCAACCUAGAUAUGAACCAGCGGUACAUAAACAAGGAGACGGAGUACCAGAGUUUCAGGAUGCCGGAACUUGGAUCCUUCUCCAGCGACGGAUACCACGGACAUCAUAAUGUGAUGCACAUCCACGCCGCCGAAUACAGAUAG